AUGGACUCCAUUAUCGAAAUCCAGCGACAGACACACGAAGAGAUAGAGAGAUUCGACAAGGCUCUCUACACUAUCCUUUCGCGCUCAGCAACAACCCACGAAGUUGGUUUGCAGAAUGAGCACAAGGCCGCGCAGAUACUAGACCGAAUCGUGGCCAGAGCCGCGACCUUGGACGCGCUGUACAACGACGAGGAGGCCAGAAAAGCAGAGACAAACUCACUCUCUGACAAGGGAAACCAAAACGACCUAUCUGAAUUCUACGCGCGGUUGGUGAAAAUCCAAGAACAUUACAACAAAUACCCUGACUCAAUGCCAGGAGGGGGAUUUGACUUGGAGCUCGCCUAUUUCCUGGAUGAACCCGGUCAGGAGGAGGAAGACUUUGAGGAAGAAGACCCCAUUGCUCUUCUUUUCUCUGGAGAGGAAUCCUAUGGCCGAUACCUCGACCUCUACAAUAACCACACUGCUUAUAACAAUCUGAAAGGGCUUGGGAAGAGGGCUUCAUACCUGCAGUACUUGGACCUGCUCAACGCGGCCCAAAACGCGCAAGUGCACUCGGAUUUGACCAAAGAGACGAGGUUCAGCAAGGACUACGAAACGUACAUUAAAGAUCUUCACGCCUACCUCCUCUCAUUUGCGAAGAAGGCUCAACCACUGUACGACGUCGACUCAGAACAAAAGCAAGCCAAGGAAGAAUUCGACAGCAAAUGGGAUGCAAAGGAAAUCGAUGGCUGGGAGAGCGAGGAGAACAAGAGUGCCAGCGAUGGAGCACCUGGUAUCUGGUGUGCCGCAUGUCAAAGGCUUUACGCGAAGCAGACAGUUUAUGACGCUCACUUGACUUCCAAAAAGCAUAUUAAAGCCCAGCAAAAACUUGAAGCAUCUGGGGCACCCCCUCCCAAUCCCAAUGGCCACCCUGAGACCCAAACAGCAGUACCUACCACUAACCAAUCCCAGGCAAAACUCAGGACUCGGUCGUCUGCCUACUACACUUACUUGACGACCUCUUUACUGAAGAAUUUGGCCCCCGUAUUGGCUGAGACCAAGUCGAACGUUGAACGGCGAUUCUCGCUUACUGCCCGAGAGCGUGAACAAGAAUUGUUGGAGAAGGCCAAACCUCCUCCACCUCCUGUCACUGCCGAAGGCAAUGAAGAGGAAGAAGAGGAAGAGCGCAUCUACAACCCUCUCAAGUUGCCACUAGGAUGGGAUGGCAAGCCCAUUCCUUAUUGGCUAUACAAGCUGCAUGGUUUGGGGGUUGAGUACAAGUGCGAGAUUUGCUCGGACCACGUUUAUAUGGGCCGUAAAAAUUUCGAUCGACAUUUCCAAGAUGUCAAACUCACCGAGCGCUGCCAGGAAUCACGCCACGCCUUUGGUAUGCGGGCUCUCGGGCUUCCCAAUACAAAGCAUUUCCACGAGAUCACCCGAAUAGAAGAUGCUCUUGCUUUGGCUGAAAAGCUGAAGCGCGAAGGCAGGAACGAAAUCUUUGAACAAGAAACCAUGGAGGAGUUAGAAGAUGACGAAGGCAACGUCUACAACCGCAAGACCUACGACGACUUGAAGAAGCAAGGGUUGAUCUAA